AUGCUGAGCCUGCACAGCCACAGACAGCUUCAAGGUUUUAGUGUGGUCCAAAUACAGAUGCCAAACAUACAGAGCAGCUGGCGGGGCCAGUUACAGGCAGUACUUACCGUCAGUGUUCUGCUGUUUCCAGUUCCGGUGGCCCUUCAGCCUUUCCGAAGAUAAGGGGAAUAAAGAAGCCACCUCCCCAGCUGUCAUCAUCUGGCAGCAGAUUGAGCAAGAAUAUUCUGAGUACUGCAGAGAAGAGGGGAGGGAUGCUGCCAAAGGCUGCAGUAUAGAUGCUGGCUCAUCUUGGACUCAAGUUCAGCAUUCAAAGACUUCUUCAGGGAAAAGGCCAAGUAGACCGCAAGGACCCCAUGUCUCUUCCCAGCUGAGGAGCAGCCUCCUUGGUAUCUCCCAGCCAGCAGCAGAUAAAGUCAUGGAAACCGUUCCUGCCGAGGGAAGUCAGGAGCGGGCUGCGCUCAGCUCCGGGUAUCAGGCUGCCUCUGGGAGCAAGCUGUUCCUUGAUUUCCACUCCAUGGAGAUCAUCAAGAGAGGUGCUGAUGAGGACAGUGCCAGUGACCUGUCAGACUCAGAAAGAGUGCCCAUCCCCUCUUCUCCAUUCACGCCUCCAGACCUCAACCUCAGAGCCGAAGAGAUAGACCCGGUUUCCUUCAGUCUUCACCCAGAGCCGAGCCAGGCAGAGUCUGGACACUCUUACCCUGACUUUCUUCCGCCUCCUUUCAAUUCCUGGGACCUGAGGGAUAUGGCUGUUGUUCUGAACACAGAAUGUAGGAGCGAGGCCCUACCUCGGGCCACAGGCUUCCUUGGGAAGUACAUAGACAGACUUCUUCAACUAGAGUGGCUGCAAGUCCAGACUGUGCAGUGUGAGAAGGCCCGAGCCGCCAAGGUCAAGGCCCCUGGUGCCUCUGGGGUGCUGAAAAGCCCUGGACGGGGUAAGCUUCUUACCAGUGCCCUGUCUAAGCCCUUACCAUCCCCAGAAGGGAUUUCAAAGUCAGGCCCUUCUCGAAAGAAAGGUUUUCGCCAUGAAGAAGCCCACCCAUCCUACUAUGCAUUUGAGACUUUGCCUAACUCAGUGGAUGGGCCUGGUCGGCCCAGGCUGUGUUCCCAGAAGCAAGCCCCCGAGUUGAGGAUGGAGAAGAAGAAGAAAUCAAGUAAGGGCCCCAAGCUUCAGCUCCGUGCUCCACCCUGUGCAGAGGGCAACCCUGCAAUGGAAGCCAACGGUAACAUCCGAAUUCCCAAGCAAUCUGCAGUGCUUCUGGACCAGAUGGAUUCCUAUAGGGCCUCCAGGACACAGGCUCAUGUGGACCUGAAGAAAAAGGGGAGUGCAAGUAACUGUGGCUAUGCCCCUUCAUCCAGUGAGAAAAAACUCAAAACAAACGGAACCAAGCAAAGCACAUAUAAGUUAAAGUGACC